AUGUCAUUCAACGCCCAAACUACGCCUAUGUUUUGGAAUAACGAUCAAUAUCUGACACCAAAUUUUCCAAGCCUGAAACAACAAGGUGAUCCAUGUUUAGAAGAAGCCGAGUUCGCUGAGUUAAACCAAGAAAAUAUUGCUUCUUUCAACCAGCAACAAAAUGAUCCUUGCGAUACAUUGCUCGGACAAACUGAGCAAUUUCAAUAUCAUCCAACAACUUUUCAACAUACUAAUGACAGCUUUGGGUAUCAAGAGCAACCAGUGACAUAUCCUGUUUCAGGUUCACAGGGUGAUUUUUCCUAUCACAAUAUACCACCACAGAGUACAACCCACUCACAUGAUUCUCAGCAGGGCAAUACAAGCUACGAGCUCAACAACUUUUCUCCACAGCAAGUGAAUCCCCAUCAUCUUGCUUCACCGGGUACCUCAGAGACUUCUGCAAACUACGACAUUGAUAAGAAAGUUUUGAGCGAGCAAAUCAAAGGAAACAAAAAGAAAUCAAAGAGACAGUUGUUGGAUGAAGAGGAUGCCAUAUUAAUUGCUAAGGAUGAUUCUGAGUUAACAGAGGAGGAGUUACAGUUGAAAAGGAAAGCUCAAAAUAGGGCUGCACAGCGUGCAUUUAGAGAGCGUAAAGAGACAAAGUUAAAAGAAUUGGAAGCUAAAUUAUUACAAAGUGAAGAAGAGAGGCAAAAGUUGAUGGAACAACUUGAAAUGAUUAGAAAGCAGAAUUUGUCAAUUACUACUGAGAAUGAGAUUUUAAGAACCAAUGAAGGCUCGCUAAUAUCAAGUAAGACACCCAUUAACAAGUUUCAUUUCCCGCAAUCACAAGAUGAUUUUAUUGACGAAAUUACGCGUGGCACGAAUCAUGAGGUAAAAAGAGAAUCCAUAAACAAAGUAUACAACAAUAUCGAAGGAGAAAAGUUGCUAGCGCUUGGGGCCGUGUGGGAUUACUUACAAAUCAAAGCUGAAGAGGCAAAUUUGGAUUUGGCAACCAUUGAUGUUAAUGAAGUUAUGGAUAAAUUGAAAGGUAAUGAGAAAUGCCAUGGUUUUGGUCCAGCAUAUCCCUUGAGUUUAGUUCAAGAAGCAGUGGAGGCCAGUUUUAAGUGA